AUGGCUUUCAAUAGUGCAUCAUUUUCCUUUGUUCUUCUUUUCACAUUGCUUUUUCUCUUCAACUCCACUUCUUCUUCUACCACUGAUCACAGUGUCUCUCACAAGCGAAUCGAGGAAAUUUGCGGACAAACUCAAAAUCCAAACUUCUGUGUAACCUCCCUUGAAGGCUAUUUAGAGGACACAAAAGCCGAUUUGAAUCGACUCGGCGUUGUCUCAAUACUCUUGGCCACAGCACAAGCUCGAUUAAACAAGUAUGUUAUGGAGCAGCUUCUCCAAACCACAGUUGGUCUUGAUCCCGCCGCAAAGGCACACCUCCAGAAAUGUCAGGUGGACUAUGAUGUUACACUUGACAAGUUGAAGAGUGCAUACCAUUUAUCAGACCAGAAGGAUUAUCAGGAUAUGGUUGAUUUGGUGAAUGAUGCUAACAUUAGGACAAAUGAUUGCACAAUCGAGUGCAUGCAACUACAGAAUUCAGUACUAUCCUCUGUGCAAGAGGAUAAUCAAAAGAUGAUGUGGCUCAAUAACAUUGCUCUUGUCAUACUUGGCAUGCUUAAUGCUUAA